AUGAGCCAACUCCUCGUCAUCUUCGGUGCGACCGGCCAACAGGGGGGCUCCCUCGCCGACUUCGUCCUCUCCGACCCAACCCUCUCAGCACGCUACAAGGUCCGCGGCAUCACCCGCAACCCCGACCAACCAUCCGCCGCCGCCCUCCGCGCCCGCGGCGCCGAGGUCGUCCAGGCCGACUUGGACGACGCGGCGUCCCUCCACCGCGCCCUGGCCGGCGCGCACAGCGUCUUCAUCACCACGACGACCGUCUACGACGCCCAGACCAAGGAGCGCGAGGUGCGCCACGGCAAGGCCGCCGCCGACGCCGCCGUCGCCGCCGGCGCCCGCUGCCUCGUCUACAGCUCCGAGGUCCACCCGGAGGCCCUCUCCGCCGGCCGCCACCGCGUGCCCUCCUUCGACUCCCGCGGCGAGGUCGAGGCCUACAUCCGCGCUCUGCCCGUGCGCAGCGCCUUCUACGCCCCCGGCUCCUUCAUGCAGAACCUCGCCUCCCUCAUGGCGCCGCGCCCCGUCGGUGAUGGUGUCUACGCCAUCGUCAACACCAUGCCGGGCGACCGCGCCAUUCCGUGGAUUGAUGUGGUGGCGGAUACGGGCAGGGCCGUUGGGGCGGUGCUGGCGGAGCCGGAGCGGUUUGCGGGGAAGCAGCUGUGCGUGGCCAGCGGGCUGUUCUCGUUCGAUGAGGUUGUCGAGAAGAUGUCGAGGGCUACGGGGAAGGUGGUCAAGUAUGUGAGGGUGUCGGAGGAGGAGUUCAAGACGCACCUGCCGGAAGGGGCGAGGGAUCCGAUGGUGAGCAUGUUCCGGUUCAUUGCCGAGGUCGGGUAUUAUGGCCCGGAGACGGAGAGGUUGGUCGAGGAGACGGCGGCUCUGCUGCCGCACCCGCUGGUGGGUCUGGAUGAGUACAUUGCCGCCAAUGUUACGCUUGCAUGA